AUAUUGCUUUCUUAGUGAUGGCUCAUGAAGCAAUGGACUAUGAGCUUCAGGUACAGUUAGAUCAUAAUGCUGCAGAACAGUCUUCUCUGGCUGAAGUGGUCAGCAGCCAAGGAGGACUACCCCUGAAUCAGCCCGCUUCAGCUGAAGUCGUCAGCAGCCAAGUCGGGGGACCACCUCUGGUUCAGCCUGCUCCUGCUGAAGUUGUCAGCAGCCAAGGGGGACCACCCCUGGUUCAGCCUGCUCCUGCUGAAGUGGUGAACAGCCAAGGGGGACUACACUUGCUGCAGCCUGCUCCACAGGUGUCCAUUGACCUAACAGAGGAAGUGGAGGUCUUGGGAGAAGAGAAUGUGGAGAACAUCAAUCCAGGAGCUUCAGAGGAGCAUAGGCAGGAAUCUGGUGCUAACCGCACGAUCCGAGUAGCUUCAUUGGAGUCAAUGAGUAGCUUCAUUAAUGGACUACAGAGACUUCAUGGCAUGUUAGAAUUCCUGAGACCACCUUUGGACCACAGUGUGGGGCCAGUAAGAGCCAGGAGGAGGAGAGGGACUGCUUCACGCAGAGCAAGAGCUGGAGGGUCUCAGAGGACAGACAGUGCCAGGUCCAGAGCACCGUUGGAUGCUUACUUUCAAGUGAGCAGGAGCCAGCCUCAUUUGCCAACUACCUCUCAUGAUUCAGGGGCUAGUGAUCCUGUCUCUGAAGACUUGCAGGUAUCAAGUAGUUCCGAUUCUGACAAUGACAGUUCCAUAGAGUAUGAAGAGGUUGUUGUCCACGCAGAGGAACCUGGAGCUGCUAUUUUAGAAGAACAACCAGGAGGUAUUUCAGCAGAGCAAGAAGUUACAUGUAUUGGUGGAGGAGAGACCCUCCCCAAGCAGCAGUCUUCUCAGAAGUCCACCUCUCUUCUACCUUCAUCUUCUACAGAUGAGGAAGAAGAAGGGGACACUUGCACAAUAUGUUUAGAACAAUGGACCAAUGCUGGGGAUCACCGGCUUUCUGCUUUACGCUGUGGGCACCUCUUUGGGUUUAAGUGCAUUUCUAAGUGGCUCAAAGGACAGACACGAAAAUGUCCCCAGUGCAACAAGAAAGCCAAGCACAGUGACAUUGUUGUCCUUUAUGCCCGAACCCUGAAAGCUUUGGACACGAGUGAACAUGAACGCAUGAAAAGUUCCUUAUUACAGGAGCAGAUGCUAAGGAAGGAGGCUGAGUUAGAAACGGCACAGUGCCGGCUCCGACUUCAAGUCCUCACUGAGGAAUGCACUAAGCUUCAUAAUCGUGUCCAGGACUUGCAAAAACUUAUUCUGCAACAUCGGGAUCAGCUCUUACGGUGUCCCAGGGGCUCCCAAGCAGAUUUACUAAGCGGUUUGCCCUCCAGCCAGUCCCAGCGCAAGUACUGUUUCCAGAAGACAUUCACAGUGUCUCAGACUGGAAACUGCCGCAUUAUGACAUACUGUGAUGCACUGAGCUGCCUGGUUGUGUCACAGCCUUCUCCUCAGGCCACCUUCCUUCCAGGCUUUGGUGUUAAGAUGUUCAGUACUGCCAACAUGAAAAGCAGUCAGUACAUUCCCAUGCAUAGCAAACAGAUCCGUGGACUGGCUUUCAGCAGUCAGGCCAAAGGCUUACUUCUCUCUGCUUCCCUAGACAACACUGUUAAACUGACCAGCUUGGAGACAAAUACAGUGGUGCAGACUUACAAUGCUGGGCGUGCUGUCUGGAGCUGCUGCUGGUGUCUUGAUGAAAACAAUUACAUCUAUGCUGGACUAGUCAAUGGUUCAGUUCUGGUAUAUGACCUUCGAAACACAAGUUGUUAUGUCCAGGAGUUAGUACCUCAAAAAGCCAGAUGCCCGCUGGUGUCCCUGUCAUACAUACCCAGAGCUGCCUCAGCUGUAUUUCCAUAUGGUGGAGUGUUGGCUGGAAGCUUAGGGAAUGCUUCCUUCUGGGAACUAAAAGUGGGCUCUUCUCAUCGGCCUCAUGUGCUGCCCAUAGAGGCAGGAGGCUGCAUAGACUUUCAGACAGAGAGCAGCACCCGACACUGUCUUGUGACCUACAGACCUGAUAAAAAUCACAACACCUUACGAAGUGUGCUGAUGGAGAUGUCCUACAAGCUGGAUGAUGCUGGAGAGCCACUCUGCUCCUGCCAUCCUGUACAGACAUUCCUUGGAGGGCGCACUUGCAAACUACUGACCAAAAGUGCUAUUUUCCAAAACCCAGAGAAGAAUGGCAGCAUCCUGGUGUGUACUGGGGAUGAAGCAUCAUAUUCUGCCCUGCUGUGGGAUGCUAGCAGUGGCUCCUUGCUGCAGGGUUUGCCGACUGAUCAACCUGUCUUGGACAUCUGCCCCUUUGAGGUGAACCACAGCAGCUACGUGGCUACUUUAACAGAGAAGAUGGUUCAAAUCUAUAAGUGGGAGUGACCAUGGUUUUGAAAUUUACAAGGCAUGUUGCUGGUUAAUGUU